AUGUCCACCAGCCGCAGGCCGAGCGAGAUCACCCCCCUCCUCGGCGACGGCGACAGUUCCAAGGUCACCGAGGCCAACACCAACACCGGCAGCAGCGCGCAAUGGGCAACCAGCGAGCAGAUCUCCAUCCCUCCUGAAGAGCGAUCCCCUCGGCGGUUAUACAUCACCCUCGCCAGCGUCUACGUCGGCGUGUUCCUCGGUGCCCUCGAUGGCACCAUCAUCGCGACGCUCUCCGCGCCCAUCUCGACGUCUUUCAACUCGCUGUCCCUCCUCUCCUGGCUGGCAUCGGCUUACCUCAUCGCGAACGCCGCCUGCCAGCCGCUCUCCGGCCGCCUGACCGAUAUCUUCAGUCGGCGGCGCGGGCUCGUCGUCUCGAAUAUCCUCUUUGCCGCCGGAAACCUGAUCUGCGGUCUCGCGACCUCGCAAUGGACCAUGAUUGCCGGACGGGCGGUCGCGGGAGUGGGAGGGGGCGGGCUGAUGGCUAUCAGCACCUUUGUGGCCAGCGACUUGGUGCCGUUGCGGAAGAGGGGGAUCGUACAAGGCCUGGGAAACGUGUGUUUUGGCACCGGCGCGGGCCUGGGCGGCGUGUUCGGUGGGUGGGUAACCGAUCUCUGGGGCUGGAGAGUCGCGUUCCUGGCGCAGGUGCCGCUGGUGCUCGUCUCGGGAAUCCUGGUGUGGUGGGUUGUCGACGUGCCCGUCAAGGAGUCGGACUCGGACGGGUCGAAGCUCUCGCGGGUGGAUUUCCUGGGCUCCUCCACUUUGCUGCUUGCGCUCGUCCUGCUGCUGCUUGGCCUCAAUUCGGGAGGGAACGUCCUCCCGUGGACACACCCGCUGGUGCUGGCCUGCUUCCCUCUAUCUGGCGUCGCUCUGUUGGCAUUCAUCUAUGUAGAGCUCUACAUCGCCUCGGAACCUGUCAUUCCCGUCCGCCUCCUCCUCAAUCGCACCGUCGCCGCAGCAUGUCUCUGCAACUGGUUCACCACCAUGGUGACAUUCACGGUCCUCUUCUACAUGCCAAUCUUCUUCCAAGUCAAAGGCGUGUCGACCACCGGCGCUGGCUUGCGCAUGAUCCCGCAAUCCGUGGGCGCCUCGUUCGGUUCCCUAGGUAGCGGCUUGAUCAUGAACCGCACUGGGAAGUACAAAGUCCUGUCCGUCGGCCUCCUUAUCAGCUUCUGCCUCGGAACUGGCUUGCUGUCAACCCUCAGCCUGUAUGCGCCGGACGGGCUAUGCUACAUCUACUUAUUCCUCAUCGGUACCGGGUAUGGUGGCAUGCUCACAUGUACCCUGCUUGCUGUUAUUGCAGCCGUGGACCACGAGCACCAAGCCGUCAUCACCUCAGCAACCUACGCUUUCCGCUCCACAGGCUCCUCGCUUGGUGUCACCAUCGCAUCGGCCGUCUUCCAAAAUCUCCUCGGGUCCUGUUUGAAUAAAAAGUUCGCGGGCCAACCAGGAGCCGAGGAAGAGAUCCAGAGGAUCAGAGACAGCUUCGAUGAGUUGAACAACCUGCCUCCCGGGUGGGAAGAAGGCGUCAGACACAGUUUCGCGACCGCACUGAAGGGUGUAUUCGUGACUGCUUUCGGCCUUGCGAUCCUGGGAGCCGUGUGUGCAUUGUUCAUCAAACAGCAUAUCUUGCACAAUAACUUGGCGAGGAGAGACUCGGCGCCCCAGUGA